GUUUCAUCGACGGCCGGUCGCCAACGGACCAGAUCUUUACCGUACGGCAAAUCCUCCAGAAAUGCCGUGAAUACCAGGUCCCAACGCACCACCUGUUCAUCGACUUCAAAGCGGCAUACGACAGUAUCGACUGCACAGAGCUAUGGAAAAUCAUGGACGAGAACAGCUCUCCCGGGAAGCUUACCAGACUGAUAAGAGCAACGAUGGGCGGUGUGCAGAACAGUUCAUUCGAAUCUCGACGUGGACUACGACAAGGUGAUGGACUUUCCUGCCUACUAUUCAACAUCGCCCUGGAAGAUGUUAUGCGACGAGCCGGGCUCAACAGCCGGGGUACGAUCUUCACGAAAUCCGGCCAAUUUGUCUGUUUUGCGGAUGACAUGGAUAUUAUUGCUAGAACAUUUGGAACGGUGGCAGAACUGUACACCCGCCUGAAACGCGAAGCAGCAAAAGUCGGACUGGUGGUGAAUGCGGCUAAGACAAAGUACAUGCUGGUAGGUGGGACUGAGCGAGACAGGACAAGCCUUGGCAGCAAUGUUACGAUAGACGGGGAUACUUUCGAGGUGGUAGAAGAAUUCGUCUACCUCGGUUCCUUGCUAACGGCUGACAAUAACGUGAGCCGUGAAAUACGAAGGCGCAUCAUCAGUGGAAGUCGUGCCUACUAUGGACUCCAGAAGAAACUGCGGUCAAAAAAGAUUCACCCCCGCACCAAAUGUAUCAUGUACAAGACGUUAAUAAGACCGGUGGUUGCUCGAGGAGGACCUGCAAGCACUCGGAGUUUUCGAGCGACGGGUGCUAAGGACGAUCUUCGGCGGCGUGCAGGAGAACGGUGUGUGGCGGAGAAGGAUGAACCACGAGCUCGCUGCACUUUACGGCGAACCCAGCAUCCAGAAAGUGGCCAAAGCCGGAAGGAUACGAUGGGCAGGGCAUGUUGUAAGAAUGCCGGACAACAACCCUGCAAAGUUGGUGUUUGCUAACCAUCCGGUUGGUACAAGAAGGCGUGGAGCGCAGAGAGCACGAUGGGCGGACCAGGUGGAGCGUGAUCUGGCGAGUGUUGGGCGUGACCGACGUUGGAGAGCUGCAGCUGCAAAUCGAGUAUUAUGGCGGCAAAUUGUUGAUUCAGUAUUAUCAUGAAUUUGAUGUUAACUAAAUAAAUGAAUGUGACCCAUCUUGCCCCGCACUUUUUUCACGGCGCAAAAUCGAUCACUUUUUAAAAUUGCUUGUUUAACAUCAUAUUUUGUAUUUAAUGAACUUUUUAUCGACUUUUAGAAUAGCUAACUAGUGUACUAAAGAGUAGCGGAUGAAUACAAACCAAUACAAUUUGUAUUUACAAAGUUAUGGUGAUCCAUCCUUAAGUGACCCAUCUUGCCCCGCCCCACCCUACCAUCAAAAGCUGAAACGCCAUUCUCUUUCUUUAUCACUCCUACACCUCUACACAAAUUAAAGAAAAAUCUUUAGACGAAAUUUUGAGUUACGCCCUUUUAAAGGGCAUAACCCCUAAAAAAUCAGGGUUUCCAUAGAAUACCAUCAUAUUUCAUAACAGAAGCAUGCCUUGAAGUCCCAAAUAAUAAAAAGUAUCAUAAAUAAUGCUACAAGUUGAUACUAUGCGCUAAUAUUGACUGCAUUUUGUAUCAAAAUUGGUCAUUACGCUAAUA